UUCAUUUUAUAGCUCAAUCUUGACUAACAAUUUUAGUCUAAGUCCUAAAAAAACAGAUUGCCACUACCGUUAAAAUACAUCCAAACUUUAAAGUCUUUCACUCCUAUCUUCUAAAUAAAUAAACUAUCUACUAGCAAUAGAAACUAUAAUGACUAUCAAUUAACAAUCAACUACUCUUUUUUACUCUAUAAAGCAUAAACUAUGCAACCUAGAGUAGUCCAAAGGUUAGCUAAAGUCUGAUCUUCCUAUUGCAUAGAGCAUCACUGCUGCUUAAUUAAUCUGUGUAAAGAUUUCUUCAGUUGAUCACAUCUCUCUUUAGUCUACAAAGGGCAAUGAUCAUAGUCUCUCAGUUGUUUGGUCAUUGUACAUAUGGAAACAAUUAAACUCCCUGGUUUUUGGAGCCUAGUGACACAACAAACACAUACUAGAUUCAAUGUAUCUCCCACUCCUACAGUUGGACACAGGUUUUUAUUCUAUUUAGUAUCACCAGCCAUGAUAACCAUUAAACUCUAGCUUGCCUAAGUCAGAUAGAUUCUCAUAUUGUUUUGAUAGUGAAUUUCUGCAUCUACUUUCCUUUAGAUGAAACUACCUAAACAAUAAUUGCUUUAAUCACCUACUUUCUUAUUUGUUUAGAAUAGACUCUUAAACCAAACCAUAGGAACCUCAACCCCAUAUUAAUUUCUUUUUUGUCAUUUUAUUACUCGAAUAUGUAACUCUAAAUAUGUAACCUUUUCAGUGAUAUUACAACAAAAAAUUAACUCCUUACUCAUGUCAAACAACCCACCCUAAGAUGAUUCCUUUUCCUAUAAUCUGAUACAACGGGUCCGGAAUUAGACAGCUAACGAAAUUUGCUGGAAGUAUCUAUCAAUCCAAUCCCCCUUUCCUUCUUCCGAAAGGCCACAAUUUAUUUCCGUGCGCAACAAUCAUGAUUCACGAGACUUCUCUAGAGGGGGAAAAAAGUUUGAUAAGUACUCCACCAUUUUAUUUUUUUUGUGUGAACCAGAACACCAGAUAUAUAUUGCCCAAUGUAUAUGUGGUUAUGAAUGGUUGAGCUGCGAUUCGAGAGGCUUUGGUGGUUUGUAUAAUUUGUUCGGAAUUCAGACAUAAAGAAGAAGGGGGAAAUUCAGUGUCCUAAAUGAUUUUUUCCCAAAUAGUAGUAUCACGAUUGGAGAAAGAGAGAUUGUCAUUAGUUACUACCAAGCAAAGUGCACUUCUCCUCCUUGUUGUAUUUCAACCAGGAAAUGUGAUCAGGUGCUCUUUCUGAUUGUGAAACAUCGAUGGUUUCAAACUUUCAGUGUUGAGCUCUUGGAAAGGGACGGAACAAGGGUGAAGCGAGCUUGCCAAAGGGGCGUCCGUGAUCCAACCCAAUUAACUUUUUGAGAGAAGUCUCUUGUCACGUCAGGUUAGGUGAUAAAACACUUAAUUUUGGGUUAUUCAUGCGUCAUGUUUACGUUAUUUACGCCAUAUUUGUUUCAUUCACGUCAUAUUUGCGUUAUUCACGAAAGAGUGCUGAUCAUUCACGUAACCAAUACUGUUGAGUCACGCCAUCUGAUGUUUAUUCACGCCGUUGUAAAAAUAAAAUUUUUAAACUUUGAAAUAUAUCAAAAUGGAUGUCAUUGUGUAGAUUAUGAUCAAUACAACAUAUUUAUACAAAUUAAAUGAUAAUCCAAAUUUAAUUCCAUAAAAUAUAGCCAAUACAAAUUAUUAGGGGGAAAAAGUAUGAAUUUCCAUUUACGUGAAAAACUUACACUCUUACGUAAAUCACCAUAUUAUUACGUGAAUAAGUACAAAAUGGCGUGAAUGGUUACAAGAUGGCGUGAAUGAACUGGUCUUAGGCGUUCUGUCACCUAACGUGACAAGAGAUGUUUUCCUUUAACUUUUAGUAGGAUAUGUGACAUGACAUGCUUUGUUACUUAUGAGGGUCCAUUUUUGCUCUAAUUAGGGUAAAUUACAUUGGUACCACUAAAAUAUGAGAAUUGGUGGAGCUAUACCACAUAAAUAAGAAUAGGGUGUCGGGUACCACUAACAUCAUUGAAUUGUGUAUCAGUUACAAAUUUCGUCUAUCCAAUUCAAUUCAUCUACUAAAACAUUCAAUCAAUCCAAUCCAUUUAAAUCCAAUCCAUUUUAUCCAAAUCCAAUUGGAUUGGAGUCAUCGAUAUUUGGUAAAUUGCAGUUUAGUACCUACACUUUAUAUUGUUAACAUUCUGAUACCUAAAUUUUAACAUUAUAACAAAAAAUAUAUCAGUGAAAAAUUACAUUUUGGUACCUAAAAUUUGAUAUCAUGACGUUUUAGCACCUAAUUUUUUUUAAUUUACAUAUUAGUUUCACUUGAUCUUCUUGUAUCAAGAUAUCUGCCAAUUAUUUUUCUCAUGAUUUCUUAUCUACUAUCACUGCUUUGUCCCCACCCACCCCACCCCCCCACCCCCCCAAAAAAAAAUCAAAUGCAGCUUUUAAAUUAUUCAUCCUCACUUCAACUGUAGCUCAACUCCACUUUAUGACUUUAGGAUCCCAUUUUCACACAGAAUUUGUUGAUUCAUGACUAAAGCAUCUAGCAGAAUUUGUAAAUAAUGCAUGGAAGGAUCGACCUCUUUGAUUGGUUGCUCCUCUAGCGUAAAUUCCAUCUUGAUGGGUAGGGUGUUCAAAUGAUUAUCAUGGUAAUUAUCAAAUCAAAUAAUGUUAAAUUCUAUUAAUCAGGUAAUACAAUAUCACAACCAGACCGUCCAAACUAAUACAAAAACUAAAUUAACCAAACUAAAAUUUAAUCGGUUUGGUUAAUUGGUUAACCAAAAUAACCAAUAUAACAUCACAUUAUCAUUAAGUGUGAUAUAGGGAACUAUAUUUGUCUAUAAUUGUAAGUUCGUCUCCUUCUCCCAUCCCAGUUAUCACAUGACCGCUUCUCAUUCACUCUUCAGUAACUUCGUCUCAAUCGGAAAAAAUGUUCUCGGGGUUUUUUUUUUAUUCCAAAGAAGAAACUCUAGCUAUCGCACACUACCACGAUUUCCCAACCCUUAGUAGGUCCAACUUCUAAGAUCCAUUGCAUUUUGUGGCUUUGCUUAGCUUCAAGCUUUACCUUUUCAUUGUCUAAAUUGUAUGUGUUUAUUGAUGUCUUCCUAUGUUUGCUUCAAAAGAUUUGGAGAUUCGCAGUUGAUAAGGAGACUUGGUGGCGUUCCCUUGUUGCAAUUAAGUUUCCCAACACCAAUUCUGACUGGACAAGUGAUUGUACUAGCGGUAUUGGGUGGAGCCUUUGGAAGGAGAUCAGCAAGCUGAAAAAGAUUCUUUGGAAUCAUGCCAAUUCCUACGAAAUUCCAUAAACAAAGUACCAAUAAAUAAUCAAAUACCAAAUUAUUCAUCUCCAAAACACCUAUUAAACAAUAAAAAUCCACACAUGAAAGUCAAGUUAUCCUACAAAGUAAGGUUAGAAACGUGUUAGCCUAUUAAGAAAUUAGAGUUGGUUUAACUAUGGGAAAUUAAUCUUUUAGUCCUUGGUUUGUUUUACGAUAAUCCUUAAUCCUUUUGGUAGAUUACAUUACCUUAGUUAUAUUUUAAAAUUAUAAGACAUAAGCAAUGACGAGACGGAUAUGGGUAUGGGUACGGGGCGAGGGCACUCAAAUCCAUCCCGCCCCAUCCCCACAAGUUUCUUUGCGGGUAUUAUCCGUAUCCGCCCCAUACCCAGUCACUGCGGGGAUUCCCGUCGUUGACCGGGUUGGGUAGGGUCGGAUACCCACGGUUACGGCUGUAAUUGUCAUCCCUAGUCAUAGAUAAUCAAUCUCCUCAAGAAUAGUACCACCUUUGCCAUCCCAGGUUUCAUUACCUCUUAUCUUAUCGAGAACCGCCUUUGCAUCUUCUUGAAAUACUACGUUGCUGAUACCCUUCAAAGAGUACCAAUGAAUAGCAUCUCGUAAAGCCAAGAGUUCCGCGAUAUAAGGAUCAUCCACACAUGCAUAAAGGAACCCCAUGCACAACACAACACUCCCUACCCAUCCCGUACAACCAGAGCCCCCCCCCCCCCCCCCCCCCCCCUCCCUGCCGAAUGAGAACCCUUCUCAACUGCCCCAUCCACUGAACAAAGUCGCAACUGAUCUCCCCGACCCUCCCUGACUCACAGCAGCCAGAGCUAAAACCGGCCGUGGAGGAAUUGCCUGUUGAGGGAGUGCAAGCCAUUCACAAACCUGCUCAUGAUAUUGCCCGAAUAAGACUGGAAUUUGAUACUAUAUAUAAUCAUGAUAAGCUCAAUUCAUGCCUUUCCAGAUUCGCCAUAAAAGAGCGACCAACCGUAUUACCCUCUUCGCGGACAAAUCUCGCUCGAGAACAUGUCGAAAGAACAAUGCAAUGUUCAAAUGCUCCAACCCCGUCUAACCUCUCCUAGGCCACUCCCAUCUUACAACUCGACUGCCAUCCUAUAAGAGAGAAACAUAUGCUCAAUGGAUUCUAAAGGAUCACAACAAACCGGACAGAUCUUGGGGCAUUCAGCACUCUUCUACUUACUACUUAAUACAUAAGGGACAGAGUUUAUUGAUCACAUAAGAAAGAAUAAAAAAAAUAUAAUUCAUAAAAUUAAUUGCAUAAAUGAUUUGUAUUUUGUAGAAAAAGGAAAAUUGAAUUUUGGACUAACAAGGCUUAUUUUGUAUUGAUUCAUUCUGUUUUGCAGGUCGGCCCAAUCCUUUGAAGUAGGAUAUCCAGGAAAAAUAAAACAAUUAGGCUUCCUCGGCUCGGCCCAAUCAUUGGAAUUAGGAUAUCCAGAAAAAACAAAUAAAAUUAUUUGGCUUCGCCCGGGUUCGAACCGGAGACCUUCAGUGUGUUAGACUGACGUGAUAACCAACUACACCACGAAACCAAUUUGUUUAGCUAUUAUAUUCAUGUUUAUUAAACCGUUGUCUAAAUCGUAAUGCUGCCAUGGCCGCCCUAAGUCAAGGUCUAUUCUUGUUUCAAGCUCAAGGCCUAAACCCACCGCCCUAAAAAUCUUCUGAGUCUCCCUGCUGCUGCUCCGAUCUACAAUCAGAUUCCGAAGAUGGCCACCGCUCUGGACAUGUCUCUCGACGACAUCAUAAAGGCCAACAAGAAGUCCAACAAGGGCUCUUCUCGAGGAGGAGGCGGCGGCGGAGCCGGAGAUAAACCACCUCGCUCCGCCGGUCCUGGUCCUAGCCGUCGCGCCUCCAAUCGCGCCGCCAACAGAUCCGGCCCCUAUUCCAAGCCGGGCUCGCAGCCAGCUCCCGAAUCGGCAUGGCAGCACGACAUGUAUACCGAGGCUUCCGGCAGCGGUGCCGCUUCUUUUCCCGGCGGCCGUGGUGGUCGAGCCGCCUCCCUUGAGACAGGAACCAAGAUCUAUAUCUCAAACUUGGAUUAUGGAGUUUCUGAUGAAGAUAUCAAGGAGCUGUUCUCGGAAGUUGGUGAUAUGAAACGGUACACAGUGCAUUACGAUAGGAGUGGGAGAUCAGAGGGAACUGCUGAAAUUGUAUUUGCACGCCGGGAAGAUGCUAUUGCCGCUGUCAAAAGAUAUAAUGAUGUGCAACUAGAUGGGAAGCCAAUGAAGAUAGAGAUCGUUGCCAAGAAUAUUCCUCCUGCUGCUGCUGCUGCUGCUCAUUCACCUGCAGAAGGCUUCAACCGGAAUCAAACUGGUGGUGGCAGAAGGCAAGGAAGGGGGAGAUCUGCAGGAGGGCCUCGUGGUGGCAGUGGUGGUGGUGGUGGUGGAGGCGGCGGUGGUGGUGGUGGCGGUAGCCGUGGAGCCAGGGCUGGGAAGGGAAGAGGCAAAGGUCGCGGUGAGAAGGUAUCAGUGUCAGCGGAGGAUCUUGAUGCUGAUCUGGAGAAGUAUCACUCAGGAGGAGCAAUGCAAGAAGACUAGAAUGUCUCUUCAUCAAAACUGGAGUCUGGGACUGCUAAUGGAAGCACAUUUCUGAGUUAUUGUACCUGCAAUUAAGUCUACAUACAAAAUGGGCAUUUGGCAAAAUGUUACUGAAUCCUUUUUUGCUUUUAAAAAAUUGUACUAUGGAGGAAGGAGACAGUAUCGUUUUCUGGUAUCCUGUAAGAUAUUCCCCUGCUUGUUGGAAUGUUGAUUUGCCCUUAUUGUUCACUGCCAACAUGACAAUUUGAUGCCUUGUACUCUUGUAAGCUGGAGAUUUAAGCCACUGCUGAACAGCCAUUUCUUCGUCGAAGAUGGCAAAUUUGAAUUUGCCUGUGCUUUUGGCAAAACUGUUUCGUUUGCUUUAGUAAGUUUUGGAUUCCAUUAAGUUUCUAAUUGCUGUAGUUUGUCCCGAGUAGUGUGUUAUGUUAGUUGAGAGCUUUCAGAGUUUAACUGGAGAGUCAAGUUUGCUUGUGGAGAGUCAAGUCGGUUUAACUGUUUAGUUUAUAAUGAUUGCUGAAAAGUGAAAACUGUUUCGUAAACUGUGAUUUGGGCCUGGGAUGGAAACGAAAUAGAAAUAUUUUGGGCCU